GUUGCAAUGGCAAGAGUAUGUUCAGUGAUGCAUAAACAAACGGCUGGCCAACAUCCUGACUUUCCAUUUUAGGUUGCGCGAACACGCCUGGAUUAUAUUUUCAAUGACAAAGAAUAACAAUUUCGAGAAAGUUCAACGACUUUCUCGAUUCAUUCCACCGAUUUCUUAGUUCAGUUUUGAAAGCGGCAAAGAUGACGAUCGCGAGGACGUUUGUCCUCGUAUUGAUAGUCUGUUCAUUCGUGCAGCCAAGUUUUAACAAGUAUUUGGAGGGUAUGAACGUGAACUUAGGAGACGCUCUACAGUUCCUCAGAGAGUACGACAGCGAAGCUUCCGCGAUGUGCACAAGAGUUACGACAGCACAGUGGAACUUUGCUACGAACGUCACCGAAGUCAAUCGACGACGAAUGUUAGACGAACAGUCGUUGAAGCUAAAAUUCGAUAGAAUCUCUUGGCGCAAAGCUGUCAGCUUUGCUUGGAGCCGAAUACCAGAUCCCCUUGCAAGAAGGGAGCUCAAGAUGAUUGCUGUUAAAGGCCGAAAUUCCCUGACUGACGAUAAAUUUAACGAGCUGCACAGUCUGCUCGUCGAGAUGAAAGAAAUAUACGCGAGAACAAGAUUGUGCCCCUACAGGACCAUAGGUGCAAAUUGUGAUUUAAGUUUGGACCACGACGCAGGGAAGAUAAUGGCGCGGUCGAAGGACUACGAUGAAUUGUUAUACUACUGGCACGCUUGGCACGAAGCCACUGGGCCUCAGCUUAAAAACAAAUAUAUGAGAUAUGUUCAACUCGCGAAUCAAGCGGCUAGAUUAAAUGGAUUCGAAGAUGCGGGUGAUCAAAUGAGGGAACUUUUCGAAGACGAGUUCUUUCAGCAGAAUACCGCGGACAUAAUGUCGUCCGUGAUGCAUCUUUACAAGAAUCUGUUCACCUAUGUAAGGACGAAAUUGUUCGAAAGGUAUGGCGAUAAGAUAAGAAGGGAUGGACCUCUUCCAGCGCACACUUUGGGAAACAUGUGGGCUCAGAACUGGGAAAACCUCUUUGACGUGGUGCAACCAUUCCCAGCGAGUAGAAAAUUUGAUGUCACUUUGGACAUGAUGAUCCAAGGCUUCACGCCCUUGAGGAUGUUCCAAAUAGCAGAAGAGUUCUUCACAUCACUGGGAAUGAAGCCGAUGCCGCCUGAAUUCUGGAGGUUCUCGAUGUUCGAGAAACCUAUCGAGAGAGAAGUGAAGUGUACACCCAGCGCGUGGGACUUCUGCAACAGAAUCGACUACAGGAUAAAGCAAUGUACGAGGGUCACGAUGGACGACUUGUUAUCGACUCAUCACGAGAUUGCGCGUUUGCAAUAUUACCUGCAGUAUAGAGAUCAACCGCUAUUGUUUCGAAACGAAGCGAUUCCAGGAUUCUUCGAAGCAGUGAGCGAUGCCAUUGAGCUCUCCGUCUUCACGCCACAACAUUUGAGUAAAAUCAAAUUACACGACAACUCUACGGAUGACUACGGGAGCAGCAUAAAUUUCUUGAUGUUGAUGGCCCUUCGCAAAGUCGCCUACAUACCGUUCGCGUACAUAGUUGACGAGUGGAGGUGGCACGUCUUCAACCAUGGUGUUGCGGAUAUGACAAAUAAGUGGUGGGAGCUGAGACUACAGUAUCAAGGAAUUGUUCCACCGGUGCCAAGGUCGGAAAGGGACUUCGAUCCAGCCUCGAAGUAUCAUAUUCCUGCGGACGCUCCUUAUGCUAAGUACUUCGUGGGUGUCGUGUUACAGUUCCAGUUAUUCGAAUCUCUGUGUGAAAUAGCAGGUCACACUGGUGAUCUAUAUACUUGCGAUUUUUAUAGAUCACGGGAGGCUGGCAGAUUGCUCUCCGAUGUAUUAUCAAUGGGUUCCUCCAGACCAUGGAAAGACGUUGUGCGACAAAUGACAAGAGGCAGAACAAAUAGAAUGGACGCUGGUGCUAUGUUGAGGUACUUCGAGCCGUUGAAUCAAUGGUUGAAACGGCAAAACGAAAUGGAACCAGUUGUCGGUUGGAUCACGAAUCGCGAAGACACAGCGUUGUUUUUCCAUUGGUAUCAAAAUGGUGCACAAAAAGUCACCUCGUUCUUGUUUCUACCAUUGAUUGUAACAGCUACGCAAAUUACGAUCUAACAAAAAUAGAUCGUAAUGAAAAUCGUAAAUAAAAUGCAGACUAAUAUAUUUUUGUACAUAAAUUAAAGUAUAUGUAAAUACCUCGUAAGUCCGUGAAAUGGACAAGCAUCAUAUUGAAACACAACGGUUUCGCCAUCGGUGAUGAGAAAAGGAGAUAUUUAAUAUUUAUGUAUUUAUUGUACAAUUGAAGUAACGUUAUAUAUUAAAUUUACU